UUUCACGUCGAAUUAUUCAUGUGCAUGUGUGACUGGCCAGCUGACAGUUCGUCCAAGAUAAUCGUAGAGAUCAAAACGAAAUCCAACGAAUAUUUCGUAUGGAAUUCGGAGUACCUUUGUUCCUUUAAAAUCGGGCAGCGUAGUUAAAAUAAACUCAUAAAUUGAAACGGCGAUAGUUUAAACAAGUGGAGAGGGUUGUCAGAAAGGCUUUGCUCCGGAUUAAAUCCAAAUCGUUCAGCUUUCCGCCUAAUACACGAACUAAUUCGUCAUGGGUAUUUGCACAUCUUGCUGUAAACAAUCUUCGUCGUACGAAGAUCUGACACCCGAUCCGGAGGUGCGCCGUCGCCAGCAGGUUGAGGCUGCCGAGAAGCGAAUAGUUGAACAUGAGUCACGAGGCAUAGGCAACGUCGACGCCGUUAAGAGACAGCAGCAGAGAGCUGCAGAAGUGGCCAAACGCCAGGCUGAAGCUGGUAGUGUUGAUCAACAGACUGGACUCAAAUGGCAAGUGAACUGAGGUACGGUGCAGCUGUUAUAAGGACCAGGUGAAGAUGUGCACGCUUUGCAGGCAUCACACAUACUGAAUUUUCAAUCACGUGUCUGAAUAACUACUUUACACAUUGUGAUAUACUUAUACAUAUAAUACAUAUUAUAUAUAUAUACAUACACAUAUACACUAAUAGAUAUAUCGAUUAUACAUACAUAUUUAAUAUAUUUAUAAUAUAACAGUGAAAAACUCUACUUAUUCUAAGAUUCGAUGACUUUACACAGUGCUGACAGUAUGAUUUUUCCACACUUUUUUCAUGUUGUACAUACAAUUUAUACAUAUGAAUUUAUUCAAUGUUACUCUAAAUACGUUUAAACGAUGGAAGUGAUCGCUAAAUUUGUGUAUAUAUUGUCGUAAGCAACGGAUUAGGUUUCAUUUUAAUGCCCAAUUAGGUACAUACACUCUGUUGUCAAUUUCAAUUCUUAUACUGUUCAAUUAAUACAAUGUUCAACUCUUA